AUGUAUUUAUCAUCUCUCCUUUUUUCCUCUUUUCCUCCUCUUUCCUUUUCUUUCCUUUUCAAUAUAUUUCUCUCUUUUUUCUUUUCCCAUAUCUUUCUUUCUUUUUUUCUUUCUCUUUUCGUCAUUUUUCUCAACUCGUCUCAAAUUAUUACUCUUUUCGUUUUCCUCUUUUCUUUUUUUCUUUCAAUAUAUUUUUUUCUUUUUCUUUCUUUUUUCUUCUCUUUCUUUCUUUAUUCUUUCUUUCUUUUAAAAUAUUUGUUCAUUUCUCCAAUUCAUUUUUCCGCUCCUCAUCCCCAUUCUUUUCUCACCUUCAAGUUCUUUUCUCUCCUUCCUUUUUUUUUCGUUUUCCUCUUCAUUCUUUUCUUUCUUUCAAUAUACAAGUUUUUCUCCUUUUUUUUUCCUUUCAUUUCUUUUCUUUCUUUUUCUUUUCUUUCUCUUCUUUCUUUCUUUCUUUUCUUUCUUUCUUUCUUUAAUGUAUUUGUUCUCUCCUUUUUUUGUUUUUCUGCAAUUUUUUCUUUCUUUCAAUUUUCUUUCUUUUCUUUUUCUUUCUUUCUUUCUUUCUUUUUAUUCAUUUUCUUUAAUGUAAUUAGUCUCUUAUAUUCAUUUUUAUUUUUCCUCAUUUUUCGUCUCACCUUCAUUUUUUUUUCUUUCUUUCCCUUUUUCUCUCCUUUUCUCUUCUUUCUUUCUUUCUUUCUUUCUUUCUUUCUUUCUUUCUUUAAUGUAUUUGUCUCUUUCUAUUCAUUUUCGCUCCUCAUCAUCCCCUCAUCUCUCCUUCAAGUUCUUUCUUCUUUCUUUCUUUUUUCUUUUUCUGUUUUUCCUCUUUUUUUUUCUUUUCUUUCUUUUAAACAUCCCUUUUUCUUUUUCUCUCUUUUUUUCUUUUCUUUUCUUUUCUUUCUUUCUUUUUUCUUUCUUUCUUUCUUUUUUUUUUCUUUUCAUUUUAUUUGUCUCUUUCUAUUCAUUUUCAUUCUCCUCAUCCCCUCUUUCUUUUCUUUCUCUUUUUUUCUCUCCUUUUUUUUCGUUUUCCUCUUCAUUCUUUUUUUCUUUCAAUAUACUUCUCUCCUUUUUCUUUUCAUUCUCUCUUCUUUUCUUUCUUUCUUUCUUUCUUUCUUUCUUUUUUCUUUCUUUCUUUCUUUCUUUAAUGUAUUUGUCUCUUUCUUUUCAUUUUUUCUUUCUUUCUCCUCUCUCUUUUUCGUUUCACCUUCAAGUUCUUUCUUUCCUUUUCUUUUUCUAUUUUUCUCCUCUUUCAUUCUUUUCUUUCUUUCAAUAUACUUCUCUCCUUUUUCUUUUCUUUUUUCUUUCUUUUCUUUUUUUUCUUUCUUUCUUUCUUUUUUUCAUUCUUUCUUUAAUGUAUUUGUCUCUUUCUAUUCAUUUUACGCUCCUCAUCCCACUCGUCUCACCUUCAAGUUAUUUCUCUCCUUUUCUUUUUCGUUUUCCUCUUCAUUCUUUUCUUUCUUUCAAUAUACUUCUCUCCUUUUUUCUUUUUUUUCUUCUUUUCUUUCUUUCUUUCUUUCUUUCUUUCUUUCUUUAAUGUAUUUGUCUCUUUCUAUUCAUUUUCGUUUUCCUCAUCAUUCUAUUCACCUUUCAGUUUUUCUCUCCUUUUCUUUUUUUCUUUUUUCCUCUUUCAUUGAUUUGUCUUUUCUUUCAUUUUCAAUAUACUUUCUCCUUUUCUCUUUUCCUUUUUCUUUUCAUUCUUUUCUUUUUUCUUUCUUUCUUUUCCUCUUUCUCUUUCUUUCUUUCUUUAAUGUAUUUGUCUCUUUCUAUUUAUUUUCCGCUCCUUUUCUCUGUUCUCAUCCUCUCACUCUUCAAGUUAUUUUUCUCUCCUUUUCUUUUUCGUUUUCCUCUUCAUUCUUUUCUUUCUUUCAAUAUACUUCUCUCCUUUUUUCUUUUUCCUCUUCUUUUCUUUCUUUCUUUUCUUUCUUUCUUUCUUUCUUUCUUUCUUUAAUGUAUUUGUCUCUUUCUAUUCAUUUUCCGCUCCUCAUCCCACUCGUCUCACCUUCAAGUUAUUUCUCUCCUUUUCUUUUUCGUUUUCCUCUUCAUUCUUUUCUUUCUUUCAAUAUACUUCUCUCCUUUUUUCUUUUUCCUCUUCUUUUCUUUCUUUCUUUCUUUCUUUUUCUUUCUUUCUUUCUUUCUUUCUUUCUUUAA